GAGAAUUCCAACAUUAUCAGUUCCAGGUGGAAUGUUGGGGUGUUCUCCAGGGUUUGUUGUGGCUGUGGGAUCCAUGGUUACUGGCCAGAGCCCUGUGGUGACUGCAGUGCCAUGGAGAAGCUGUGAUCCUCUGUGGAGCUGAACUCUGGACUGAACUUUGGGAAGCUGCGCAAGGUGGUGAUGAGUCCACAACUGGCUUUCCAUAGUCUCCAGUGGGAAACACUGGUUUGUCCACCUCUCAUCGGCUUAUUGGUGGGUCUCAUUGUUUUAUUUAGACUUGUUCAAUCUAUUAGAAGCCACCUUUAUGUAAGGCGUGACAAGCAGCUCGGAGAAACACUGGCUGCACAAAUUAAGAAGAAAUGCCAACUCAUUGACAAGCUUAGUGCUUCUAAAAAGGAGUAUGCAGAGACUGAAGCAUCUUUAGAGAAUGCCCAGCUCGCGAAUAAGUCUUUAAAUAUACCCAGCCUUAUAGACAAUUACAAAAAGGUGAAGAGGUUCAACUUAGUGCUGAUGGAGGAAUUGACGUAUCUGGUUCAAGAAACAAAAAAGGAGAAAUCCAAACGCUCUAAACAAGAAGAGGCAAUGAAGACGAUAUUAAAAAUGCUGCAAUCCCUAGAAGAGAACAUGAGAAUCACCCUGCCACAAGGAACUUUUCCACACCUGCCAGGAGGCCAGCAGCCAAGCCCCGCUGGUCUCUUCCCCAGGAGUGGUCCUGGAUCUUAAAGCAGAAAUGCUCCCUCCCCUCCACUCAGGUCUUCAGAGCUGCCAGGCUGCAUUCGCCCACCCGCACUCCAUCUGAGGGUGGUUGAAACAAUGGAUCCAGAGAGCCCCUGCCUGGGCUGCAGUUCCUCCACCUUCACAGCCUGGACAUGGCAGUCACCUUUAUCCUGGGCAAUUCCUCCAAAUCUAUUGAACUUCCUCAAACACACCAAGAAAUGUGGGGGUUUCUUAAUCUUUACAGAAAGUUUGGAUUUUCUCUCAUGAGCAGUGGAAAAAAUGCU